AUGGGUCUCAUUGAGAAAAUGCAAGCUCGCCUAGAGCUCUACCGUCUCGAACAGCGCUACACUCGCCGCGAAAAGCGCACGACGUUCAUCAGCGCUGCCCACUACGUCGACGGCGAAUACAUCUAUGGUUCUGCGCCUCCUUCGGCAAAGUCUACCAACUCGGCCGGUAGCAAGCGCUUCAGUGUCAUGCCUUCGAUACGUAUAAAGGAGCUGGCGCGCACCGGCACUGGGCGGUCAUAG